GUCUGGUUUGCACUUCCGGGUUGGGCGUUGUGAAGGAGUUCUCUGGGUGUAAAUAUGGCAGGUUCUAGUGAGUCAGGCUCGUCUCCUGAGGAAGAGAUGCGGAUGUCAUUCACCAAUCACACCUUCAUUAUACCAAAGAAAGAGAUCAACAUGUUUACAGACAUGGUGAAGUGGAAGCGCUCUCAGGCUUAUGCGGACUACGUUGGGUUUAUUGUGGCACUGAAUGAAAGCGUGAAAGGGAAAAAGCUCACAUGUGACUAUAAAACUUCCAAGCCAGUAGAGAAACUAUCUGUGCUCCUAAACACUCUGGACCGGUGGAUCGAUGAGACCCCGCCAGUCGAUCAACCUUCCCGAUUUGGUAACAAGGCGUACCGCACGUGGUACAGCAAGCUCGAGAAGGAAGCUGAAAACCUGCUGUCUACUGUAAUUCCCAAAGAGCUGAGAGCUGCUGUCCCCGAGGUUGCUGUGUAUUUAAAGGAAUCUGUGGGCAAUCCAACGAGAAUAGACUAUGGAACAGGUCACGAGGCUGCAUUUGCUGCGUUCCUCUGCUGCCUCUGUAAAAUUGGAGUUCUGAAAGUGGAUGACCAGCUUGCCAUUGUAUUUGGUGUAUUUGAUCGGUACCUGCAGGUGAUGCGAAAGCUACAGAAAACAUAUCGAAUGGAGCCAGCGGGUAGCCAAGGGGUCUGGGGCCUUGACGACUUCCAGUUCCUUCCCUUUUUUUGGGGCAGCUCCCAACUCGUAGAUCACCCCACUCUGACACCGGUGCAUUUUGUGGAUGAGAAAAUAGUGAAUGAAAACCACAAGGAAUACAUGUUUCUGGAAUGCAUCAAGUUUAUUAAUGAGAUGAAGACCGGCCCAUUUGCAGAACACUCCAACCAGCUGUGGAAUAUCAGUGCCGUCCCUGCAUGGUCUAAAGUUAACCAAGGACUGAUUCGAAUGUACAAAGCAGACUGCCUUGAAAAAUUCCCAGUCAUCCAGCACUUCAAAUUUGGCAGCUUGCUCACCAUCAACGCAGAAGGGUCAUGAACAGAAGCAAAAGCAGUGCGGAAUCGGAGGCAGUCUGGGAUUUUCUGACCAACUGCAACAAAAAAGAUAUUCCACCAAAAAAUACAUGACUUUAUUUCCUUUAGUACAAUUUUUUUUGAGGGGUUUGUUGUAAGCUCAGACUUGGAGUGAAGUGGUGUGGAUUUUUAACGGGUGCAAAUGGACAUCAUGUAGCUCAGCUUAGGUCACUAGAGUUUGUCACUGUACAUCAUCUUCUCUCCAACCAGUACAAUCAUCAAUCUGCAUCUCAGGUGUGACAGCUCAAGCCAGUCUGGUAUUGGUAGUGCUAAAGGAUUGUAAAGGAAGGGAACUACAGAAAUGCUUAAAAAAUAAAUCAAUUAAAAUCUAAAAAUGUGCCUUUGAUUGGAAAAGAGUUUUGUGCCACUUAAAAGCAACAAGUGGCUUAUUUAUUUAAAUAAAUUAAACCACAUGCCUCGCUGGCUUAAUCCAAGGUAGUUCUCAGUUUUCCCCCAACCCUAUCCUGCAGUAUAUCAUGCUGCAUGUAUAAUAAUUAAUUGUGUAAUUCUAUGGUUAUUUUUCAUUGUAAAUGAGACAUUUGGGAAAGGAAGCAUCUUGCCACUCUCCUCUGUUCCUGGCUAGUUUCAAUAGAUUUUACAUGUCAGCGUUUAAGUAAGAAAAUGAUUGCUGGUAACAGAAUAACUAAAUUUCUCCAUGACUGAUUUGGUUGAAUAUAUCCACAGCCUUUUGUUCACAUCUAAAAAAGUAUAAAUCUUAGACAAAGUAUUAGGCAAUGCAGUAUUUAAAGGAUGUUGAUAUUCUCAGCCCUUUAGUGUGUUUGUGUGUGUAUAUAUACACGAGUAUUCAGAGGACAAAGCUCAGAGUGUUUCAUUAAUGAGAUUUAACCCCCUGAAUGAAAUGCACUCUGAUGUUAUUACAUAUAACUACAAAAUAAAGAUUAAAGGGACAGUUGUUUCUCCAA